ACCAGAGAGUUUAUAUACUACGUGGCAGAACGUGUCAUUACCGACAAACUGAAAAUUUAUCAAGCGAUUUAAUGACGUGUGGUUGUGGAACAUAAAGACGUUAAUUGCGAAAAUAAUUUUCUCAUUUGACAAGAAAAUAGACAUAGCCCCAGGAGCCAUAUUGUUUUCGUAAAUGAACUGGGGUAGCGCCUGGGUGAAAGUAAUAUCAAUUUUGAUGUGAGUUAACUUGAUAACUCACCAUCCAAGGAGUAUUAUUUUCGUUACAAUUUGCAAUUGUUUCUAGGAUUAAGAAUGCCUCCUAAGCGUAAAAAAGUAGGGCGGCCCAAAGGUUCUAAAAACAAAAAAUCUCUCAACGGUAAUGUGCCAGAAAAGAGUUUCACCUGUGGACUUUGCAAAAAAAAGUUUAUCUCCGAAGAAAGUGUGUCUGAACAUAGCAAAAUAUGCAAAAAAGCACUAUUACUGAACCCAGAUGUUAUCAAGGCAACAUUCAAAUGUGAAGAGUGUAACAAGAGGUUUACAUUUGAAGACACAUACAAAUCUCACUUAGAAAAUGAACAUUCCAAAACCCCAGGCAGCGUAACAUGCGACCUGUGUCCAGUGUCUUGUCCUAAUAAAAAAGUGUUAUCGAAGCAUAUUGAAAACUAUCAUGGUAGAGACAUGUUUAUGUGUCCACAUUGUGACAAAUUGUUCACAAGACAAACUCAUGUGAUGAGACACAUGUCACAGAAGGGAUGCGGUGGACAAAUCUCCCUGUACACAUGUGAAAUAUGUCACAGUUCUUUUACAAGAAAAGACAAUUUAAUGGUGCAUUUAAGGUUGCAGCAUAUUGCCAGUAACCAUUUCUCUUGUAAACAAUGUCCAUACCAUACCAAAAACUUCUCUAAAUUAAUCAUCCAUUGGAUGAGAUUUCAUACAGAAAAACCUCUGAAUUUUGAAUGUGACCAUUGCGGGAAGACAACAAGAUCAAGAGCAGCUAUUGCAAAGCAUUUAGAAAUACACGGUUUAAAGAAAUUUCGCUGUGAUGUGUGUGGGUAUGCGACGUUCACACUGGAGGUGUUGCGGCGUCACAUCUUGACCCAUGUGGAGGACAAGCCGCACAAGUGCGAGAUGUGUGACCGCUCAUACAUCCAGCGCAUACAGCUGCAGAAGCAUAUGGAGCGUCACUACGGAUACAUCUGCGGAGAAUGUGGACACAACGCUAACACUAAAGCUGGAUUAUUGAUUCAUAAACGAGAACAUUUGGAUUUAAAGAAAUUAACUUGCCACUUUGAGGGUUGUUCAUAUUCUAAAAAGGAAUUCAGAGAUGAAGCCAGCCUGAGGAAGCACAUCAAGGACCAUGUCAAUAAUAAACCGUACUCGUGCGAGGUGUGCGGCAAGAGUUUCCACAACGAGGCAUACAUGCGCAAGCAUGUGCAGACGCACACGCUGGAGCGGCCGCGGCGCUGCAUGUACUGCGUGGCGGCGCGCGCCUACGUGCGCGGCGAGCAGCUGCUGCGUCACGUGCGCAUGCAGCAUCGCAACAUCUUCCGAGAACAUCUCACCCACGUGCGCCAAGUCCUGGGGUCAAACGUGGGAACGGAGAGAGUAACGAAGUCUGAGCUGGACGCCAUCCUGAACGUGCUGGAUGCGGAGUCGGAGCGCAUCAUCGAGGGCUACGGCACCGGCGUCCUCUACGGUGGCAUGCUCGAGGUCGAAGCUGACGCAUCCUCACAAGAUACUACCUCCACCAACACUAAUAGCGAAAGCAGUCCGCUGAUGUCAGAAGAAGAGCUCGCAGAAAGUCUUAAAAAAUUACUGAGUCAACUUAUUGAUAAAGAAACAUUAGAUAUUUUUGGAUGGCCGGACGAACCAGUAGAUACGGUGUUAGAGAAAGUGAUAGAGCAGUGCGGCGCACGCGCAGCUGAUCGCGACAAGUGGACGCGAGUGCAGCGCCUGCGGGAGAACACCAAGCAUUUAUUCGUUUACGUAAUCGAUGACAAGAACAUAGCGCGCAUGCUCGACACACAUACCAUCGACCAGAUCAUCAAACACAUCCUCGCACAAGUCGGUACAAUCGCAACCAAUACCAACAAAAAGUGAUUCUAAGGUAUAGCGCCAUGUAAACUUUAUUCCGGCUCACAAGGUAUACGCGGCCCAGCUACCAUCUGCCGCCAUAAAGUUUGAAUCUUAUUAUACCUUGACUAGGUAUUUUGGAUUUCAUAGUUUAUUUCUAACUUUACAUAAUUCCGUUUUUUAAGAACAGCCAUUAACCAAGACAAGUAUUGGAAUUUUUCACUGAAAUAUAAUUUUUUGCAAUAUUAUAAUAGUAUGUGAAUUAUUAAUUUAAG